UAUCUUUGUUCCUCAUAAUCAUUGAAAUAAAAGUAAUGCUUUUGUUUGUAAAAUGUUCGCGGUAUAAUUGUAAUAAAAGUUAGAAUUAAAAAUAUAUGAAAAUGACAUUUCUUACAAAGUUGUCAACAUGGAAAGGAUUAAUACAAAGAUCGCUUUUACCAAUAAAUCAAACAAUAGUAAUAUCAAAUUUCGAUAUCCAUACGUCAAAAUAUUCCUUUCUUGGUGAAUAUGAAAUGGAAGAUCCAAAAUCAGAAGCUGAUAUUGUAAAUGUUACUUUUAUUGAUAAAAUGGGAAAAAGAAUACCCGUAAAAGGAAAAGUGGGAGAUAAUAUAUUAUAUUUAGCCCAUAGAUACGGAAUUGAAAUGGAAGGUGCUUGUGAAGCAUCUCUUGCUUGUACCACUUGUCAUGUAUAUGUACAUCAAGAUUAUACAGAUAAACUCCCAAUGGCUGAAGAAAAAGAAGAAGAUUUAUUAGAUUUAGCUCCUUUUUUAAAAGAAAAUUCAAGAUUAGGUUGUCAAAUUAUAUUAACAAAAGAAUUAGAUGGCAUAGAAUUGGAACUACCUCAAGCAACAAGAAAUUUCUAUGUAGAUGGUCAUACACCAGCUCCACAUUAAUAUAGAUUAAUAUAGAUUUUACUUGUAUGUUAUAUUUGAAUUAAUAUGUAUAUAUUCUAUCCAGAUAUAUAAUUAAUAUAAUUAUAAACUUUUACUUUAUUAUGUAUAAAAUUUAAGUGUAAUAUAAAUUAAAUAUUAUAUUUUCUUAUUUUUUUAAUGAAUGAUAAAAAAACAUUAUAUUUUCAGAAUGUACUUUAAUGUAUUUCAUAAACUUUUAGAACAACAAACUUGAUUUAUAUGACAUUUGUCAUGGUACAAUAUAUUUAUUUCUUAUACAUUUGGAUUAUGAUACAUAUCUUUAAUUACAAUGAUACAAGAUUUAAACAUUUAUGAUAUAAUGAAUCCAUGAAUUAAAAUUGUAUUUGUUAAUCUUGCAGCAUUUACAUCAGUGAAAAUACUCUAUAAGUUUUUUUGCAAACUGAUCGCGUUUGAGCACUGCCACUAAUGUGUUU